CGGCGUCAGCCCCCCCGGUUUCCCCCGUGCCCCUGCCGGCGGAGGGGCUCGGAGGAGGGAAGUGCGCGCUCCCCCGGGCGGGGGCAUCGCGGGGGCGUCGCCGGCCGCCCAUGGCAGGCGCUCUGCGCCGGGCACGGCCGCCGCUGCUACGGGCAGGAGGCCGGCGGAGCAUGCCGCCGGCGGCGGGGCGGUUCCGCGGGGACUGACAGCCGCGCUGCCGGAGGAGGGAAGGCGCCAGCCCCUCCGCCUCUCCCCGCCGCGAGCGGAGGCGAUGCCGCAGGGCGCUCCGCCGCCCGGCCGCCACCCGCGCCAGCCGCUGUCGCCGCCGUGAGCGGCGCGGCCCCCGGCGGGACGGGGCGAGGAGCGGCGGGGCUCCGCAGCCCUCCCCGGCCGGCGGCUCCGCGCGGCGGAUGCGAGUGCAUGAGCUCUGCAGCGAGCGGGCGCAGGAAGCGCCCCCGCUCCGCUGCCUCCAUCUUCCCGGGCAGCAGCAGGACUUCGCCGCACGGCCGCGACUCCGAGCGGCGGGGCAGCGGCUGCGAGGGCGCCUGCACGACCCUGAGAGCCCUGGACGACUGCAAGAUGCUUGUCCAGGAGUUCAAUACCCAGGUGGCUCUAUACCGGGAGCUGGUAAUUUCCAUUGGGGAUGUCUCAGUCACCUGCCCAUCUCUGCAUGCAGAAAUGCACAAAACUCGAACCCGAGGAUGUGAGAUGGCCUAUCAGGCUCAUCAAAAACUAGCAGCAAUUUCCGGCCCAGAAGAUGGUGAAAUUCAUCCUGAAAUCUGUAGACUAUACAUCCAGUUGCAAUGUUGCUUAGAAAUGUACACAACAGAAAUGCUUAAGUCCAUAUGUCUGCUAGGAUCACUGCAGUUUCAUCGAAAAGGAAAAGAGCCUUGUGCCCCACCCAAGAUCAUGGAUACUAAAGUGGAAGAGAGCUCUGAAGUACCUAUUUUGGAAGACACAUCAUCAUCACCAACAGAUAUUCAACAUUUAUGGCAGGUUUCCACAGAUAUUGAAAACACUGAAAGAGAUAUGAGAGAAAUGAAAAACCUUUUAAGCAAACUCAGGGAGACUAUGCCUUUACCACUGAAAAAUCAAGAUGAUAGCAGCCUCCUAAACUUGACUCCUUACCCAUUAGUAAGAAGACGGAAGCGAAGAUUCUUUGGACUGUGUUGUCUUGUCUCAAGUUAGAUUAAAUACAGAAAUGUCAAGAAAAUCAUAACUUCAAUUAAACCACUGUCAUUUCAUCACUGAAAAUAAGAACAUUACUUCUCUUGAUUAUAAAAUAUAUUUUCUAUGCUGGCCUAUUCCUUUUUCUCUGUUGUUCCAUCCCCCUUUUCAAAAUAAGGGUUUUAAUAGUUUAAAGUUAUGGUGGUGAAGAACCAGUUGUGGAAUAGAUCUAGCAUAACUAAGAAUGUUUUUAGAACUUUUUAAAGUCUGUUUUGCAUGCUUACUUUCAACCAUUGAGAGAAAAAAUAAUAAUAAUAAUAAUAACAAUAAUUUUAAAAAAACGUGAAUUAUGGUUGAUAGGUCAUUUUUAAGUUUUUUAUUGUUUGAACUACAGCAAAAAGUUUGUGCAUAGUACAGUAUUCUCAUUAGUAUCAUAUUGAAAUACUUGAUCAUAUUCUAACAGUCUUUAAGCAUAGAAAACUAUUUAACAGCAAAAGUAUUAAACUUCUAAAAUAUUUAAACAAUAUUGUAACAGAAUUUGCACAAAAUCUCCAGUCGCUUUUUGUGCUCUCAUUCAUAAUUAGUCUUCCACUAUAUCUCAAUUUAAAAGCUUCAUAGAAAAAUAUCUUAAUUUAUGAUACACAAACCAUAUAUAAAAGUAUUUAGAACUUGUAAAUACAGAGAAAUCAUAAUAUCUAUGUACUGUACAAUGCAUAGAAGUAACAGAUUUCCUUUUAAGCCAAUAUUAUCUCUAUAUCUCUACAGGCUUUUGGGAAAAUAAAUAAAUAAAUGAUUUAUUAAAUGAAGAUGUAGUAAAAUAAACAAUGUAAAACACAACACAAACCCAUUUUGUUUCCAAUAGAAUUUAAAGCAUGGUGUCUGCAUAUCACUAAGUAUUAACUCUUAUAGGGCAUGCCAGAAUUAUCUCAGACUGUAAGAUAAUAAACGUUUUACAUUGUUAAUAAAGUUUUUUUAUUUAAAUUA